AUUUUGUGUAACCAACAGAAAAAUGCGAGGAUUGUGUUUCAAUAACGAAAUGCGUGCCGGCCUUAGAAAGAGUAAAACGUUCAAAAAGCGAGGCAACAGUAAGAUUACUGAAAAGUGCACACUGUGGCUUUGAUAAUGGCUCUCACAAGUUUUGCUGCAUGGAAUUUAUGAUUAACAUGCGAACACCUGACUAUGACCCAAAUGAAAAAUUCGAAAUUGAGAAACAUCCCAAUAUAAAUCUGUUAUCAGUAGAAUGCGGAGAUACGGACGGAAGUAAAAUUGUUGGGGGAAACAGAACUACAUUAUAUGAGUUCCCCUGGUUAGCAAUCAUCAUGCAUAAGACAGAUGGCAAUUCUUUAAGUAUGAACUGUGGUGGUUCGUUGAUUAAUGCAAGAUACGUGCUAACCGCAGCACAUUGCAUUAAGGGAAGAGAAGUCGCCAAAGUCCGGAUUGGAGAAUACGACCUGAGUACAGAAAUCGAUUGUACUGGAGAAGAUAUGUUUACCCAGUGCGCACCUAAAUAUCAGGACAUAGAUGUGUCAGAACAAAUACAUCACGAAGCGUACAAUGACGACCCAAUGAUCGUAAACGACAUCGGUCUUUUACGUCUUAAAAACUCUGUUAAUCUUAACUUGAGGAACUCUGGUCUGAUAUGCCUGCCAAUAACAGAUUCACUGCUAACAGUAGACAUAUAUGGUGAAAGAGGGAUUGUCGCUGGUUGGGGUUUAACUGAAAAUUUAGCAAAAUCCGAUGUCCUCCUCAAAGUUACAGUUCCAAUAUAUUCGCCUAGAACGUGCUUACAGCGGUAUUACAGGAAUAUCCAUUACACCACGGAAUCGUUAGAUCGAUUCACGAACAUGUUCUGCGCUGGUGAGUUAGGUCACGACUCAUGCAAAGGCGACUCCGGAGGGCCACUUAUGUAUGAAGGUUUCAUAUCAAACACGUACAAACUCAUACAAUACGGUAUCGUGUCUAACGGAAAUAUGGACUGCGGUACAGAACCACCUACUAUUUACACAGAUAUUAGAAAAUAUAUGAAAUGGAUUUUGGAUCACAUGAGGCCUUAAUCACCUAGGAACAAAAUUGUGAAGGAUAUUUUUUUUUAUGAUAAUGAUUAAAAUUAUAAAUAAACUAGCGGACCCGACAGACGUUGUCCUGUC